GCUUGGGCUGGGAAAGGAUGCUUCUGAGAGGCAGCUGAUGUGAGCAUGUGCACACAGAUUCCUCUCUCGCACAGCAGCUACUCGAAAAAUUAUUUUGAAAAGACUCCGGUGCAUAAGACUAAAGUUAAAGCGGAAGUGGGAACAAAGACUCAAACAGCUGACUGUCUCAACUGAGAAUGAACAUUUUGAAGCCAAAGAUUUAAAGUGAUGUCGAGCAGAGACUAAAGGAGACUAAAAACUCCCUUUCAACCUCUAGAGCCUGUGACAUUUACUCACAGCAGGCAUGCCUCAUAACUUUCAGACUGUUAAAGAAUGGGAGGAAAUCACUGAGUCUCCCUGAACCAGCAGGCUAAACUGAUUCGGGGGUGGGUCUCGAAUCCUCUUGCCAGCAUGGUGAACUCUACCCACCACCAUGGGAUGCACACUUCUCUCCACUUCUGGAACCGAAGUAGCUACGGACUGCACAGCAAUGCCAAUGGGUCCCUGGGAAAAGGCUACUCUGACGGUGGAUGCUACGAGCAACUUUUUGUCUCUCCUGAGGUGUUUGUGACUCUGGGUGUCAUCAGCCUGUUGGAAAAUAUCCUGGUGAUUGUGGCAAUAGCCAAGAACAAGAAUCUGCAUUCACCCAUGUACUUUUUCAUCUGCAGCCUGGCUGUGGCCGAUAUGCUGGUAAGCGUUUCCAAUGGAUCAGAAACCAUUGUCAUCACCCUCUUAAACAGUACAGAUACGGAUGCACAGAGUUUCACAGUGAAUAUUGAUAAUGUCAUUGACUCAGUCAUCUGUAGCUCCUUGCUUGCAUCAAUUUGCAGCCUGCUCUCAAUUGCAGUGGACAGGUAUUUUACUAUCUUUUAUGCUCUCCAGUAUCAUAACAUUAUGACGGUUAAGCGGGUUGGGAUCAUCAUAAGUUGCAUCUGGGCAGCUUGCACGGUUUCGGGCAUUUUGUUUAUCAUUUACUCGGACAGUAGUGCUGUUAUCAUCUGCCUCAUCACCAUGUUCUUCACCAUGCUGGCUCUCAUGGCUUCUCUCUAUGUCCACAUGUUCCUGAUGGCCAGGCUGCACAUUAAGAGGAUCGCUGUCCUCCCAGGCACUGGCACCAUCCACCAAGGUGCCAAUAUGAAGGGGGCGAUCACCUUGACCAUACUGAUUGGCGUCUUUGUGGUCUGCUGGGCCCCGUUCUUUCUCCACUUAAUAUUCUAUAUCUCUUGCCCCCAGAAUCCAUACUGUGUGUGCUUCAUGUCUCACUUUAACUUGUAUCUCAUACUGAUCAUGUGCAAUUCGAUCAUUGAUCCUCUGAUUUAUGCACUCCGGAGUCAAGAACUGAGGAAAACCUUCAAAGAGAUCAUCUGUUGUUAUCCCCUCGGAGGCCUUUGUAACUUGUCUAGCAGAUAUUAAAUGGGGACGGAAGACACACUAAAAAUAUGCAUCAGAGACUUUUCCUUUCUAUUCAACCCGAAUGCUGUACUUCUGCCUCAGCUUUUUCUUCUGUGUAGGGCAUUGGUUGAGAGCAUCCAUUGUAUAAACUUAAGUGUGUGAUGUUUAAUAAGAAAACAUGCUCAAUCUCUGUAUUAUCUUUAGUGUCAUGCU